GCGGCGCGAGGCCCUCGGGCCGCGCCGGUCGCGGUGCUGGCAGCCACCAUUUGGCGAGCGUUUGCCGAGGGUCGGGUCUCGCGACUUGUUCGCCCUGAGUCACCCGAACAGCGGUCCCGUGUGACAGAAUCCGUAACCCCAUUUUACGGAGCAGGCGAUUGGGGCCUUAGGGAGCUCGCCCAAGGUCACGCAUCUCCUAACAGCCAGAGCCGGGAUUCAAACCCGCCGCGUCCUCCUCCGGGACCGUCGCUCUUAACCACUGCCUCCUCUUCCCCCAAGUUCACUGAUGCACCUGCUUGAACCUCAGUGUCCUCAGGAGGGGUAUUGGCAAUUCCAGUGGUGGUUUGGGGCUUCACUGAGAAAAUGUCCCUAAAAGCUCCUGGCACGCUGCCUGGGACGCAGUAAGUGCUCGAGGAGUGACGGCUCGUCACGGAACACGUAACGCACAUCUAAGAAAUAACGCUUGAUAUCGUCUGUCUCCUUCAGGAUUUGUGGGUGGAAGGCAGGCAUGGUCAGACCCAUUUCACUGACUGGAAAGCAGAGACAGGACGUGUCUCCCUCCACGUCUUUCGGCCAGUAAAAGCAGCCAAGCUGGAGCCCAAAGCCAGGUGUCCUGACUCCCAGCGGGGGGCUCCCUGCACCAACCAUGAGCCGCCUGCUCUGGAAGAGGGUGGCCGGCGCCACCACCACCGUCGGGCCAGGGCCAGUUCCAGCUCCAGCUCCGGGGCGCUGGGUCUCCAGCUCCGGCCCCGCCCCCGUCCCCAGCGACGGGCAGCCGCCGCCGCCGCCGCCGCAAGUGCCAUCCUCGGAGGGCGGGCAGCAGCGGUACAGCCCGUUGCACAUCCAGAUGCUCUCGAGAGGGCUUCACGAGCAAAUCUUCGGGCGCGGCGCGGAGACGCCCGGCGAGGCCGCGGUGCGCCGCAGCGUCGAGCACCUACAGGAGCACGGGCUCUGGGGGCAGCCGACCACGCCCUUGCCGGACGUGGAGCUGCGCCUGCCGCCCCUCUACGGGGGCAGCCUGGACCAGCACUUCCGCCUCCUGGCCCAGAAGCAGAGCCUGCCCUACCUGGAGGCGGCCAACUCGUUAUUGCAGGCCCAGCUGCCCCCCCGGCCCCCGAGCUGGGCCUGGGCGGAGGGCUGGACCCGGUACGGCCCCGCGGGGGAGGCCGUACCCGUGGCCAUCCCCGAGGAGCGGGCCCUGGUGUUCGACGUGGAGGUCUGCUUGGCAGAGGGAACUUGCCCCACAUUGGCGGUGGCCAUAUCCCCCUCGGCCUGGUAUUCUUGGUGCAGCCGGCGGCUGGUGGAAGAGCGUUACUCUUGGACCAGCCAGCUGUCGCCGGCUGACCUCAUUCCUCUGGAGGUCCCUGCCGCUGCCGGCGGCCCCACCCGGCGCGGUUGGCGGGAGCAGUUGGUGGUGGGGCACAACGUUUGCUUUGAUCGAGCCCAUAUCAGGGAGCAGUACCUGAUCCAGGGCUCCCGCAUGCGCUUCCUGGACACCAUGAGCAUGCACAUGGCCAUCUCAGGGCUCAGCGGCUUCCAGCGCAGUCUGUGGAUGGCAGCCAAGCAGGGCAAGCGCAAGGCCCGGCACCCCACGCAGCGAGGCCAGAAGUCCCCACACAAAGCCAAUGGCCCAGUGAUCUCAUCCUGGGACUGGCUGGACAUCAGCAGUGUCAAUAAUCUGGCAGACGUGCACGGCCUCUAUGUGGGGGGGCCUCCCUUAGAGAAGGAGCCUCGAGAACUGUUUGUCAAGGGUAGCAUGAAGGACAUCCGUGAGAACUUCCAGGACCUGAUGCAGUACUGUGCCCAGGACGUGUGGGCCACCUAUGAGGUCUUCCAGCAGCAGCUACCGCUCUUCUUGGAGAGGUGCCCCCACCCGGUGACUCUGGCUGGCAUGCUGGAGAUGGGGGUCUCCUACCUGCCCGUCAACCACAACUGGGAGCGGUACGUGGCGGAGGCGCAGAGCACGUACGCGGAGCUCCAGCGGGAGAUGAAGAAGUCGCUGAUGGAGCUGGCCAACGACGCCUGUCUGCUGUGCUCCGGACAGAGGUACAAGGAAGACCCCUGGCUCUGGGACCUGGAGUGGGACCUGCAAGAGUUUAAGCAGAAGAAGGCAAAGAAGGUGAAGAGGAAGGAGCCACCUGCAGCCAGCAAGUUGCCCAUCGAGGGGGCUGGGGCCCCUGGGGAUCCCGAGGAUCAGGAAGACCCUGGCCCCCCCAGUGAGGAGGAGGAGGUGCAGCGAGAUGGCAUGGCUCGCGCCUGCUUGGAGCACCUGAAGGGGACCGCAGAGGUCCUGCCCAAACGGCCCCAGCACCUUCCUGGACACCCUGGGUGGUACCGGAAGCUCUGCCCCCGCCUAGAUGACCCUGCGUGGACCCCGGGCCCCAGCCUCCUCAGCCUGCAGAUGCGGGUCACUCCAAAACUCAUGGCGAUGACCUGGGAUGGCUUCCCUCUGCACUACUCGGAGCGGCAUGGCUGGGGCUACCUGGUGCCCGGGCGGCAGGACAACCUGGCCCAGGCGCCCGCGGAAACUGCCCCGGCCUCGGCCGGGGUGGCCUGCCCCUACAGAGCCAUCGAGUCCCUGCACAGGAGGCAUUGUCUUGAACAGGGGAAGCAGCAGCCGGAGCAGCCCGCAGGCCUGGCGGAGGAGUUCCUGCUCACCGACGGCGGCGCCAUGUGGCAAACGGUGGAAGAACUGGGCUGCCUGGAGGCCGAGGCGGAGGCGGAGGCCAGGGCAGAGCGCUGCGGAACGGCAGUCCCCGGCCAGCCCCCGGCUCUGACUGCCGCUGGUGACCCCAAAGCCAGCCAGCCAGCCUAUCACCAUGGCAACGGACCUUACAACGACGUGGAUGUCCCCGGCUGCUGGUUCUUCAAGCUGCCUCACAAGGAUGGUGGCAACUACAAUGUGGGCAGCCCCUUCGCCAAGGAUUUCUUGCCCAAGAUGGAGGAUGGCACCCUGCAGGCCGGCCCGGGAGGCGCCAGUGGGCCCCGUGCCUUGGAAAUCAACAAGAUGAUUUCUUUCUGGAGGAAUGCCCAUAAGCGAAUCAGCUCCCAGAUGGUGGUGUGGCUGCCCAGGUCGGCUCUGCCCCGUGCUGUGACCAGGCACCCCAACUACGACGACGAAGGCCGCUACGGGGCCAUCUUGCCUCAGGUGGUGACCGCCGGCACCAUCACCCGCCGGGCCGUGGAGCCCACGUGGCUGACCGCCAGCAACGCCCGGCCUGACCGAGUGGGCAGUGAGUUGAAGGCCAUGGUGCAGGCCCCGCCUGGCUACGUGCUCGUGGGCGCCGACGUGGACUCGCAGGAGCUGUGGAUUGCCGCUGUGCUCGGAGACGCCCACUUCGCUGGCAUGCACGGCUGCACGGCCUUUGGCUGGAUGACACUGCAGGGCAGGAAGAGCAGGGGCACCGACCUACACAGUAAGACCGCCGCGACCGUGGGCAUCAGCCGGGAGCACGCCAAGAUCUUCAACUACGGCCGCAUCUACGGGGCGGGGCAGCCCUUCGCUGAGCGCCUGCUAAUGCAGUUCAACCACCGGCUCAGCCGGCAGGAGGCAGCCGAGAAGGCCCAGCAGAUGUACGCCGUCACCAAGGGCCUCCGCCGGUAUCGGCUGUCGGAUGAGGGCGAGUGGCUCGUGAGGGAGUUGGACCUCCUCGUGGACAGGACUAAAGAUGGCUGGGUUUCCCUGCAGGAUCUGCGCAAGAUCCAGAGAGAAGCUUCGAGGAAGUCACGCUGGAAGAAGUGGGAGGUGGUUGCCGAACGAGCGUGGAUGGGGGGCACAGAGUCCGAAAUGUUCAAUAAGCUGGAGAGCAUUGCCAUGUCUGACACCCCGCGUACCCCAGUGCUGGGCUGCCGCAUCAGCCGGGCCCUGGAGCCCUCGGCUGUCCGGGGGGAGUUCAUGACCAGCCGGGUGAACUGGGUGGUGCAGAGUUCUGCCGUGGACUAUUUACACCUCAUGCUCGUGGCCAUGAAGUGGCUUUUUGAGGAAUUUGCCAUUGACGGGCGCUUCUGCAUCAGCAUCCACGAUGAGGUCCGCUACCUGGUGCGGGAGGACGACCGCUACCGCGCAGCCCUGGCCCUGCAGAUCACCAACCUCCUGACCAGGUGCAUGUUUGCCUACAAGCUGGGUCUGAAUGACCUGCCCCAGUCAGUCGCCUUUUUCAGCACAGUCGAUAUUGACCAGUGCCUCAGGAAGGAAGUGACCAUGGAUUGUAAAACCCCUUCCAACCCAACUGGGAUGGAAAGGAGAUACGGGAUUCCCCAGGGUGAAGCGCUGGAUAUUUACCAGAUAAUUGAACUCACCAAAGGCUCCUUGGAACCGUGAAGCCAGCCUGGACCGUAGCUCUGCCUGCAGGCCCCAGAUUUGCUCCCGUGGAGCUCGGUCGGGGCAGCGCAGGCUCCCACACUCAGGCUCGCAGCUGUGCUUUUUGCAAAAGGGCUUGCGGGAGGCCAGCCCUCUUCAGUAGCAGGACCUGCCAAGAACGACGGCCUCCGAGGGAAGGUGCAGUGGAGUUCAGCGGGUUCAGAGCCAAGCUGCCAACAGCGGUGCAGGCGCUAGGACAAGGGGGCAGUGUUGCUUGUCGGGUCAAAAGAAAGCAGAAGCCCCAAAGUUCACAUUAACUCAGGCAUUUCAUUUCUUUUUUCCUUUUCUUCUUGGCUGGUUCUUUGUUCUGUCCCUCGUGCUCUGAUGCAGUGCCCUAGCGGGGGAGAGAAGUAAUGCUCCAAUGUGAUAAGCCUGCUCAGAGGCAGUGGAAAUAAAAACAAAAAUCCUUUAUCUUCUCAUCAAAGCCUGUGGUAGUCCUGCUUUCUCCUCCUUCCCACUCCUAGGAGGUGGUUCUGUCUGUGGAAGAAAAGGGAGGCCUCCCAAGGGGCCGAGCAUCCAGUGCGGAGGCCCUUCCUUGGGGCAGAGGCGGGGUUAGAGGACAGGCGCCUCCGUGCCCUCCGUGAGCCCCCUGCCAGCUCGGUGACGGGACCGGGCACAGGACGGCCUAGAAUGGGAGCUUCACACUUUUGAGAAGCCAGAAAUAAGGAUGUCUUAGUAAACUUCCAUCUUGGAUACAGCUGAGCUGCUGAAGCGUCUGGGAGCUCCCUGGGGUGUGCUCUGCGACCACCCAACUACAGGGCACAGGAGGCCGGGGAGGGGGGCGGACAGUGGAGGAAGCCACACGCGAGCCAGGUGGCCGCACGGAGAGAGCUUUCACCAGCUAGUCAUUUUCUCAUGGUUCAAAAGGGCACGGGGAAACCCAAACUAAGAACUUGUGUCCUCACCCCCUUUCCGGAAAGGUCUACCCCACAUGGCAGCCAUGUGGGUAAUCGUGUGGUCCAAAAUCUAGAGGCCUUAGUCUCAGCCGUGCCUGACUCCCGGCCUGACCUCCUUAGCUUUUCUGGGGGGGGGGCUCCCCGCACUCCUCGGUGCUGCUCCUGGCGAGGCUGCCCCCAACCAGUCAGAAGGGCAGCCGGCUUCCUGCGCUCCGGUCGGAAGCAGGCACUGACCUCUUCGUGUUCGUCCUCCUCAUCCUCUCGAAGAACCAUGUCCAGGAUGUUUCCUUUGAUCUUGAAAUCUCGUGAGGUGCUGAGCUUCAUGUGCUGCAUCAGGUUCACCUACGACAGAAUUGUAGGCGUGGGCACGUUCUCUGGCUAGAAGAGGUCCCAUCAGGGACAGCCUCAACUGCUUUUGACAGACCCUUCAGUUCUUUAAAGCACGCACACCCACUUGACCUGUUUUUCCAUAGUUCCUACGUGAUGUCUGAACUCAGGCCAUCAGAUCACAAAGAGCGGAAAGGGUUCUAGUUUCUUCCCCACGGCCCUGUGCGGCUUCAGUGUGCCAUGGCCCCUCCCAGGUAAAAAAUUGGUAGAAAAGAACAGCAUGUGUUUACCUUGGACUUCUUUGAAAGGUGGAUGAGGAAUUUUUCAUACUGUUCAAUGGCGAAGAUGAGAUUAGGGAUUGGCUUGGUUUCUCGAAGAACUCUGGCCUACAGGGCAAAGGAGAGAAGACCUCAACUCCAAGUUCGGAGGUUUUUGAAGUUGUCCUCCAAAGCAGUCAGUAGCAGAACUGCUCUGGGCUUGGCAGGAAAAAGCUAGUCUGUCUGCCAGUCAAAUGCAGGAUUCCUUAUGUUCUGGUAAUCUAAGAUUUCUGGCAGUUAAAUCUCAUCAAAGGAUGGUAAAGACAGCACCGAAUCCUCCUGUUGAGAAUUCCUCCGUAUUCACCGUUCUGCAGACUGGCUAAAAGAAGGGCUACUUGUAGAAAUCCAGUUGCCGCCCUAACCUGACUGAUACUCGAACACUGGAAGCUCACUCUGCACCAGCUCUGUCUCCCCCUUCUGGCCUAUGUGACCUUCUCACUGUUGGGAUUCUUUCUCCCAGUCGGACUCUAACUCGUAAGUCCUCCCAAACAAACUAUAUACAAUCGAUGUCUUUUGUUUUGUUUUUUUUAAUAAAGUCCACAAAUGAG